AUGACUCGCACUGCUCGCGCCAACUACCCCCGCGCGGUCUCCAAGGACCGCUCUGAGGCCAAGAACGGCAUGGACAACUCGACCAAGAAGCACGGCGCUGGCCCGCACAACUGGGGUUCGCUCGACCACGAGCUCGAGCUCGAGGCCGCUGGUAUUGCCGACGAGGAGAGAGAGCUCGAGGAGGAGGAGCUGGAGGGUCCCACUGCUCGUGCAGUGCACUCGGACCGGACAAGGCCUGCCAUCGACAGAAGCCCUAGCAGCAUGAGCGAGGAAGAGCUCGCCCAAGCUAGGGAGGUCAGGAAGAAGGCUGCCAAAGGCCAGGACGUCGACUUGGCAGCCAUUGCCCGUUCCUCGGCCGCUGUCUCCACCUCUCCUCCCAACCGGACCAUUCCCAUCUCUACCGACGCUGAUGUAGGUCGCAGUAUCUUAUGGACUUGA